GUCCUUGUAAGAUUUGUUUUCUAGCUUUUAGGGUUUGGUUUCAGAGGCACGAACGAAGAUCAAAUCAAGAGGGUCGAUAUAGGAAGUUUUGAAAGGGAUGGAUGGUAGAAGUAAUGGAGAUCAUCUAGGAUAUAUUUUCCGCAGUCAAUUGCAUGAGAUGUUGGAUGAUCCUUCAACGGAUUCAAUAGUUUCAUGGAGCGAGAGCGGCAAGAGUUUCAUCGUUUGGAUGAUGAGAAGUUUUGCAGUGCUGUUCUUCUGAGAGAUGACUUUAAACGCUUGGGCUUUAGAAAAGUUGAAAAAUCUGAAAAAUUGGAAUAUGCAUGCGAUUAUUUUGUGAGACCUCAGCGUGAGCUUAAACCGCCUCCCCCUAUUUGUGGGUUAUCGCCGGGAACACUCAGACAGCAUGAGAUCUGCAAGGGUUUGGUGGAGACAGAUAGUGUUCUUUUAAGUAGCCUUUCUUGCUAUAGAGAAAAGGCUGCGAUUGUGAAUCAACGCCGCAAUGUCGUGUAUAAAGCAAUGCCAAGACGAAGAUCUUGCCUUGUCAUCCCACAAUUGUAUGAGAUGGUGGAUGAUCCUUCAACUGAUUCAAUUAUCUCGUGGAGUGGGAGCGGCGAGAGUUUCAUCGUUCGGAAUGAACCUGAGUUCCUUAGAGAUGUUCUUCCGACACACUUAGGCUUACGAUACAAAGAGAUGAUGACAUCCUUCACCCGCUGGCUUGAUGUCCUAGGCUAUAGGAAAGUUGAAGAAUCAGAUGAGCAAUGGGAAUAUGCAGGCGAUUGUUUUGUGAAAUGAGCAUUUGCAUCUUUUAACUCAUUCGUUGUUGAUCUUAAGAAAAUGAGCAUUGCGAUCUCUGUAAGUACACAAAAUGUUGCACAAGGAUAAAUUCGAAUUAACCCC